GCCACAUAACAAAAAUCUAAACUAAUAAUUGUCAACUGUAUCAUGAAAGUCAUGAAAUAAAGAUCAAUUUGACAAUGAUAUACACUUCCAAAUAUUUUUACAAAACGACUUUAGACUUUAUUUAAUAGUUAAACCUUAGUGUAAAUAUUACAUUGAAAUUAUACAUUCAACUUUUUAAAUAUGGCCUGGACACAUUAUCAACGCAUUUUAGCUAUUCUUAUGGUUGUUACUGGAUCAUUUAAUACUCUCUCUGUAAAAUAUGCAGAUAAACAAGUUGUGCCUGGACAAGAUGGAGUACCUCGUCAUUUUAAUCAUCCUUUUAUGCAAUCUUCAUUUAUGUUCUUGGGUGAAAUGUUAUGUUUUUUCAUUUUUAAAAUUGCAUAUUGUUACUACAGUCGUAAGGAUGAUGGUUCUGUAGAUAAUAGCACCUUAACUAAAGGAUCUCGCAACUUCAAUCCAUUUGUCUUAUUUAUACCAGCUAUGUGUGAUAUGUUAGCAACUUCUAUUAUGUACGUUGGUCUCAAUAUGACUUAUGCCAGCAGUUUUCAAAUGUUGCGUGGUGCAGUUAUAGUUUUUACUGGUAUUCUUUCAAUGGGAUUCCUUGAUAGAAACUUAGGUAGAAGAGAAUGGAUAGGAAUUGUAUGCGUUUUAAUAGGUUUAGCGCUUGUUGGCAUAAGUGAUAUAAUGGUUAUGAAAGAUGAUGACGUUACCCUGAAUUCUAUUUUAACUGGAGAUUUAUUAAUAAUUUGUGCGCAGGUAAUAACAGCAGUCCAAAUGGUAAUAGAAGAAAAAUUUGUUGCUGGUCAAGAUAUUCCUGCUUUGCAAGCAGUUGGUUGGGAAGGUAUUUUUGGAUUUAUUGGCAUAUGUCUGGUUAUGAUCCCUCUUAAUUUUAUUUAUGCACCACCACCAUUUGCGGAUAAUUCACGAGGAACUCUUGAAGCUACUGCGGAUGCUUUUGUACAAAUUGGAAAUAGUGGCAGAUUACUAAUGGCAAUAGUUGGAAUAGCAUUCAGUAUAGCAUUUUUUAAUUUUGCUGGUAUUAGUGUCACAAAAGAAAUCAGUGCUACAACAAGAAUGAUUUUAGAUAGCAUACGAACGAUUGUUAUAUGGGCUUUUUCAUUGCAAUUUAAAUGGCAAGAUUUUCAUUAUCUCCAGCUCAUUGGUUUUGCAAUUCUUUUAAUUGGAAUGUUUUGUUAUAACAAUGUGUUAAUUCCACAAUUGGUAAAAAAAUGUCAGUUCUGCUUAAUAAGAAAGAAACGCGCUACUGAUGAGGAAAGCAUUGUUAACAUUGCUGCAGAUGUUCUAGAAAAUAUAUAAAAAGCAAUUAUAAAAAUUGUUGCAAUAAGCAUAAUGAUUAUUAAAACCAUUAUAUAUGGGAUGAUCGAUAACGAUUUAAAAAGGAAACAGUCAGAUCUGUGAUUUUAUAUAUAAACACAUCAUUUAUACUUAUGACAAAAAAGCUAUGGUACAUUUUUCAUAUCUUCAUCUUUGUCAUUAUACUAUAAUAUAAUAAAUAAUACGUAGAAAUUUA